AUGGACUCCCCAAACAGCUCGCCAGACCAGGAAAAGCAAGGAGAACAGCAGCCCAAUGAAUUGCCAAUCCUUAAUGAUGAGGACAAUAAUGUGGAACCUUCUGAUCAUGUCCCUCCUUUGACCUCCCCUUCGCAACACGAAGAAGAAACAAGACAUACCUUGGCGACCAAGCCGUUUCAACCCACCUUGAAGGUGCUAGCAGGCCUCGAACGCGACGAUCCCAAGUUUGCCUUUCUAGCAGCUCGACUUGUUGGACUCUAUCGACGCCUAUGGGAGUCGUGUGUGUCCAAGCAUAUCGAUGGCCAGAAGCUAGAGCAGAGCAAUCAGAACUUAAAGGAGGCUGGUACACACCUGAGAAAAGAGAGGGACGGACUUCAGCUUCGCCACGACAAGCAGCUAGCUCGACUGCGCUUUUUUGAGCAGGCACUGGAAUCAUCUCGGGAACGACUGACUAGCCUACUCGAUGACUGGAACUACCCCUACAGUCCCAAUUUGGCAGGGCUGACGGACGCCGCAAGAGAAGAGUAA